AUGAGGAGGAUCACGCUUUCCUCUCUCUGCUUGCUGAUGCACCUGCUUCAGGACAAGACAGCUACAAUUUUAGGUUCAGAAAACCGAAACUUGCAAUACUUGAUCAAGCCGCAGAAGGUGGAGUUUCGUUCAUUAAACUUCAACAACACUUUGCACUGGCAGCCGGGGAGGGCCAGGGAGGCAAGAGACACGGUCUACUUCGUGCAGUAUAAAGUGUAUGGGCAGAGCACAUGGCAAAACAAAGACGACUGCUGGGGGAUUCAAAGCCAUGUCUGUGACCUAACAAACGAGACCUCUGACAUCCAAGAGCCUUACUACGGCAGAGUGAAAGCUGCGUCAGCUGGCAUCUAUUCUGACUGGAGCCUCAGCUGCAGAUUCACUCCCUGGCGAGAAACUAUGAUAGGACCUCCAUCAGUAACUGUGGUUCACAGCAACAAAUUCAUAAAAGUAAAGCUCCAGGCUCCAUGUUCUCCUUAUAAAAGGAAGAAAGGCAGCAAGAUACCAAUGGCAAACUAUUAUGAUCUGGUCUAUCAAGUCUUCAUAAUUAACAACUUGCUAGAUGAGCAACAUAAGCUCCUGGUAUACGAAGGACAAGACAAGGUUAUUAAAAUAGAAGAUCUGAGGCCUGGAGUCAGCUACUGUAUCACAGCUAAAACAUAUGUGCCACUGCUGGACCGCAGCAGUGCCUACAGCAGCAGGCAAUGCACCGUGCUGGAGUGA